CGGAGCGAGCCGGUGGGGGUGGGGCCUGGUCCCCGCCCGCGGCUCUGCUUAGUCACCCCGGUCCGCGGGCUGCUCCUUUUGCCCGGCCCCGGCGGCCGCGGAAGCGCAGCCCUGGUCUGAAGGGACGGACAGGCUCAGCCCCCGGGUCGUUCAAGGGGGGACCGUGCAGCCCUGUCGAGAGGCCGCGGGGACCUCUCCGGCCUCCGACCCCCCCGGCUCCUCGCGUCCCGCGUGGCCCGUCGCACCCGGCCGAGCCGUGGGCGUGAGCGCGUGGGGGAGGGGAGGGGAGCCUUUCCCGGGCGCGCGCGGGUCCGCGGGCAGGGAAAACCUCGCUCGACGCGCUCCGGCUCGCACCGAGGACUAGUGCAUUUGGGGCGAAAACCGCGCUGGGUUAUGAGCAUCUCGCUCUCUUUCCCGAGCAAACGCAGGGCUUGGGGCGCCGGUAGGUGGGAAACGCAGGGAUGAAAUAGCCGUGGUGCAUUGGGGAUGGGCUGCGGUGUUUUUAAGUCCCACACCUGUCUGUCUAUCUUUGAGGCAAAACAAAACCUCUGUUAGAUAAUCGAGGUAAAACAACUGGCUUAAAUUUCCUUGAUCUGGAGUUUAAGUGGCCGCCUGCGCAAUACAAACCGAGCCUAAACCUAUCACAGUCCAAAAACAAACCAACGGAAAAACCCUCAUAAAAUUGGGGAUGAGCCUCGAUUGCAAGUUGUCUUGGCUGUUCGAAGUCUUAUUUUACCUAGCGGUUGGGAAGGUAGACUUGUACUUGAGCAAACUCAGCUUCUCACUGCAGGAUUGGACCUCUUGGUGAUGCCUUCAAUUAAACUUCAGAGUUCAGAUGGAGAGAUUUUUGAAGUUGAUGUUGAAAUUGCAAAGCAAUCUGUAACUAUCAAGACUAUGUUGGAAGAUUUGGGAAUGGAUGAUGAAGGAGACGAUGACCCAGUUCCUCUUCCAAAUGUUAAUGCAGCUAUAUUAAAAAAGGUGAUCCAGUGGUGCACCCACCACAAAGAUGAUCCUCCUCCUCCUGAGGAUGAUGAGAACAAAGAGAAAAGAACAGAUGAUAUCCCUGUGUGGGACCAAGAAUUCCUGAAGGUAGACCAAGGAACACUCUUUGAACUUAUCCUGGCUGCAAACUAUUUGGACAUCAAAGGCUUGCUUGACGUCACAUGCAAGACUGUUGCAAACAUGAUUAAAGGGAAAACUCCAGAAGAAAUUCGUAAGACAUUCAAUAUCAAGAAUGACUUCACUGAGGAGGAAGAGGCACAGGUACGCAAAGAGAACCAGUGGUGUGAAGAGAAGUGAAGUUUUGUGCCCGACACUCUUAACACUGUAAGGAUUGUUCCAAAUACUAGUUGCACUGCUCUGUUCAUAAUUGUUAAUAUUAAGACAAAUGCAGCAGUAAACGAAGUCACGUUAGCAGGAUAUUGUUCCUUUGCAUGUGUAGUGGUUUUUGAGUACCAAUUUAAACCCUGAGUUUUUACCAGUGUAAUCGGAUGUCUUUUAUGUUACUAUGAAUAAAACUGAACUAAGUGUGGGUUCUGUAUGGAAAGUAGCAUUCCGGGCUAUCACCUUUCAUUUACCAUUAAUUGUUUGUGCCCAGCUACAGUGUUAUAUUAUUGCUUAUUUGACAUCUGACAUCCUUCAGCUCCACCAUUGUAAAUAAAACCACAGCAAAAAUUUCUGAAAUAGCUAACUUUUUCAUUUUAAUUCCUGGGAUAUUAAUGGCUUUAAAGAAUUAAAGGGUUUCUUGAGGAAGCA